CCACCGCCCCCCCCCCCCGUCAGUGCCUUUCCCCCCUAUACAAUACAAGACCUUCCUUCCUUAGUUCUCUUAAAUCACAGCCCAGGGAAACCUCCUCAGAACCUGAAGCCAGCCACGCGCCAGCAUGUCUGGGGGCAAAUACGUAGACUCGGAGGGACAUCUCUAUACCGUUCCCAUCCGGGAACAGGGCAACAUCUACAAGCCCAACAACAAGGCCAUGGCAGACGAGGUGAAUGAGAAGCAAGUGUACGACGCGCAUACCAAGGAGAUUGAUCUGGUCAACCGGGACCCCAAGCAUCUCAACGAUGACGUGGUCAAGAUCGACUUCGAGGAUGUGAUCGCAGAGCCAGAAGGGACACACAGCUUUGACGGCAUCUGGAAGGCCAGCUUCACCACCUUCACAGUGACGAAGUAUUGGUUUUAUCGCUUGCUGUCCACCAUCUUUGGCAUCCCCAUGGCGCUCAUCUGGGGCAUUUACUUCGCCAUUCUCUCCUUCCUGCACAUCUGGGCGGUGGUACCAUGCAUCAAGAGCUUCCUGAUUGAGAUUCAGUGCAUCAGCCGUGUCUACUCCAUCUACGUCCACACCUUCUGUGACCCACUCUUUGAAGCUAUUGGCAAGAUAUUCAGCAAUAUCCGUAUCAACAUGCAGAAAGAAAUAUGAGUGACAUUUCAAGGAUGGAAGGGGUUUUCCCCUUUAUUAUUUCCUUGGUGCCAAUUUCAAGGUCCAAAUUGCUAUUACAGCAGCAAUUUAUGAAUGGUUUGUCUUGGUCCAGAACAAAGAAGUCAUUCCCUCCAUUUUCAUAUGUACUACUUGUCUCUUUUUGAGCUACUGCAUCUGGUUUUUAACAGUAUGGAGUGUUUAAACCCAUUCCUACUAUCUCUUUUUUAUGUGGAUCAUUGUUUUAUUGGCUAAAAUAUAAACAUAUUGUUGAAAGAUACUUUGAGAUAAACAGGAAGAAUUGGGAGGAGGGGAAGAGGACCAACAACCUCAACUGCUUACUCUAACAGGAUGAUGUCAUAGGAAGGGAAGAAUUCCAGGAUGGAUACGGCCAUGUGUUAAGGGGCAAGUAGGCAGGUUUCAAACAGAUAUUUCCCAGCCAUCUGAGGAGGCAGUUGUUGUCCAUCACUCUUAACAAUCUAGUGGGAUCUCUUGAUUACCACCAAAUUGAAGACCAUAAUUUUCCUGUUUAUGAUA